UUUCAGUUUUCAUUUGUCAUCGAUAAAAAUUUCCUAAACCACUUCUGCAUUCCAAAAACAGCAGAACCAUAACGAACAAGGUGAUGAUGACACAGGCUGAAAAAUAAGAUUGACCGUAAGAGUCAACCCCCAUUCACUACAGGAAGGACGAUAGGGGUUUCUUAAAAUGGGGUAUAAAAUAACGACACCCCAGGGUGUCAUCUGUACAACUCCCCAGGGGCUCAACUCAAUAUCAAGAAAAGGGUUAAUCUCAAAGAAGAAGAAAAAAGAAGAAUGAAUUUCUCUGGAGUCAUCCUUUCUGCUGUGCUCGUGCUUCUGCUUUCUUUGACUGCUCAGUGCAGGAAAACCAACUGCAAGUCUGAAUGCUGCACAUUUGCGGAAGGCUUUCCUGCCAGGCUGAAGGAGCUCCGUUCAUCUUAUAAAGAAAUACUGAAAUUUUAUGAGUCUAAUGACGAUCACGAGGCUUUGAUAGACGGCACCGUGAAACAUAACAUUAAUGGUCCUUACAGAUGUCACAUCCUGGACGAGAUCCUGCGCUUUUAUUUGGACAGGGUUCUGCCGACAGCUGUGAAGAACCACGCGGACAUCAAAACGCCUAUUGACUCCAUCGGAAAUAUUUUCCAGAGUCUCCGGAAGUACAUGCGAAAAUGCAGGAAGCACUUUUCUUGCCAUAAGCACUUUGAGAUCACCAGCUUCAAGGACUCGUAUGAAAAGGUCCUUCAGCGGAUGGAAGGCAUUUAAAUAUCCAUUGUCUUAUCAAACAACAAAAUAUGCAAAUGUCUCCCAGACAUUGUUUAUCCUAACACAGAAUAUAACGCAUAUUUGAGCUGCCUUUAUUUAAAAACAAAUUGCAUUGACAUAUCUUAUAGGUGACAUUGUUUUGUCCCAAAAUGCAACCUAGUAUUGUUUUUGUAAGGUAUUGAUGGAUCCUACCUUUGAUCCUCACGUGCAGAAUGUUCAAUAAAGCUCUGUUACUAUUUAAUAUCAUAUAACUUUGUCUCAUGCUAGGUUUGUGCUCUUCUCUGGCGUAAUCGAUCAAUCUCUUGACUGAGUGACAGUAGACUGUUAAACCCUAUUAACAGCUCCACUGAGUAAUUUAUAUUUUCUGGCGGGAUCUGGCGUCCAGGGAUGGAUCCUAAAUAUUUUGUCUGGCUUAGAGACCUGAACAGUAUGUUUGUAAAAACUACUUAAAUGUCCACAUAUAUGAAACCCAGUCCUGGAUUAAUCUAAACCUUUUUGGGGAAACUGCCCCUAAAAGAUUUAAGCCAGCAGUUACAAAACACAUUUUCACCAAGCAAUAAUGUAGCCGUAAUAAAACAGCUGUGAGUUCCAUGCCAUGCUGUGGGUAGUCCUGAGUUAUUUAGCCAAUAAACAAUGUGGUGAUAGUAGUGAUAACACUGGGAUAAAUAAAUAAAUUACACGUUUCCUAUACUGUAUCUGUUCAUAAAGUAGCCACACUGCAUUAAAAACAGCCAAUGUGAAGAAAA